AUGAUCGAAGAAUUUUUAUGCGGAGAUGUGCAGGUGGAUUUCGAUGUGAAAAAAAUAAACUAUUGGGCGUUAAGCGCAUUGCAUAUGUGCAAGGUGAACGCGGACCUGACAACACAUGCGAUUAACAUCAAGACUAUUGUCGACUUUGCUAACGUCUCGAGCUGGGACGGUACAGAACUCUGGCGAGACAGCGGAUAUACAGUUUGGCAGGUCAUCAAUUCACAGCCCCUGUACCCAGAUUGGCCUUACUGGAUGCUACCAAUCGAACUGUUGGACAGUCAUCCGGUAUCAUUUACCGAGGAUUUAUACAAUAUUACAACCCUGUCUUGUCAGCCGAACGCUAUCCAGUUUCGCAUCUGUCGUCGAGAAAACGAAGUAAACGGCACUCUGGUGCAGCCAUUGCAUAAGGGAUGGUUCGAUGAUGACCUUUACAAAUGGAUUGAGAUUCCGCUUCAACUACAGAUUCUGGGGACGAAAGGCAAUCGUUGGACGGCGGUCAAACGUUUUAUGAAGAGCAUAGUGACCAAUCAAUGGUUGUGCAAAAAAGAUAACGCAUCAAAGUUGAUGUUUCCCGGAUUGGAAGGAGGCGUCGUCAAGGAAGUGGAUGCUAAUGCUGCAGAUUUCACUUAUAUUCGUGGCGCCCAUAACCUGUACGUCAUCGCAACCAAGCUAAAGGCAAGGACAGAACGUCAGUCGUGU